UGAUGAAUGAGGAAAUACGUGUUUUACUCCCAGCGUUUCUCCGCCCCCAACAUUCCUCAUCUCCAGAGCAGAAGCGCAGAACUGAAGGAAGAGAAAGAAAGUCCAUCUUGAGUUUGUGUUCAGGACACGACUCGGCCCUCCUCUCUGAGCGGGUAGUGUAGCUCGCGCCGCGGGCAGACAGGGGGAAGAGGCUAGAGAGAGCCGUGCUGGGUCGUAGCCGCCCGGUGUGUCGUGAUAACUUUGUGACGGGAAAAGCCUCCGACGAGCGUCGACUGAGGAGAGCUGUAGUUCAUGACAGUAUUAGUCUCAACGUUUCGCCUCGUAAAGUGACUAAUAGUGAGAGAUGGAAGUGUUGGACAGCAGUGAAGAACCGUUCAUACAGUGGGACCGAAAUCUCAGCGAGCUGUCUGAACCCUGCGACAGCGACAGUGUUCUCUACAGCACGCACUUCACCAAUCUCCUCGAUGACCUUUCCCAAGAAGCCUUGUUGGGCCAACUGCUUAGUGACCCCUUCCUUUCAGGCAGGGAUGAAGCCAUGGAGGAGAUGAUUCCCCCCUCUCCACUGCCUCCGCACAUCCAGGUGGAGCACAGCUACUCCCUGAGCGGGGACUCGCGUCCACAGUCCCCCAUGUCCCACCUACCUGGAGAUGCAGGCAGCAAGUCUGGAGAAUCCGACAUGGAGGAGUGGCCAGCAGAGCAGGAGGAGAAACAGCUGAAAAUGGAGCCACUGUUGUGUGAUUCUCCGUCUCUGCUGCCUACGUUGGCCCUUACUCUGUCUCCUGAGAGCCCUGCCUUUGAGCCUGUGACCAUAACCAAUGGACCAGCUCUAAUGCUCACCCUUCCGCAGGCCACACAGACCAGCACAACCAAGACAAAGGAGGAUGGCAGUAGUCCCACCCCUCAGAUUAAGCUGGAGCCACACGAAGUGGAUCAGUUUCUUAAUCUUUCACCUAAAGAAGCUCUCCAGAUGCCCCCCACUCCCCCUAGUUCUCAUGGCAGUGACUCAGAGGGCAGUCAAAGCCCUGCUCACCCCAGUGCCCCUGCCAGCCCCACACAGACCCCCUCUGUCCUCAAGGUGGUCCCACGUGCCACAAACACACUCUCAAACUCGCCGCUUCUCACUGCCCCACAUCUUCAAGGCUCAGGGCCUCUCCUGCUGACAGAAGAAGAGCGACGGACUCUGAUUGCAGAGGGAUAUCCUGUCCCCACUAAACUCCCUCUGUCCAAGUCUGAGGAGAAAGCCCUUAAAAAGAUUCGGAGAAAAAUAAAGAACAAGAUUUCUGCUCAGGAAAGCCGCAGAAAGAAGAAAGAGUACAUGGAUGCUCUUGAGAAAAACUGUGUGUGUGAUCUUUCUUCCCACAGGGUGGAGACUUGCUCUAAUGAAAACAGUGAAUUGCGCAGAAAAAUGGAGACUCUAGAAAACACCAACAAGUCUUUGAUGCAGCAACUGCAGUCUCUUCAGGCUGUGGUUGCUGGAAAGGUCCCUCGCUCAUGCAGAAUGGCUGGCACUCAGACAUCCACAUGCCUCAUGGUUGUGGUGCUUUGUUUUGCCGUGUUCCUGGGCAGUUACAAUGGUCUGAGCCCAUGUUCAUCCAUCACAAAAACAGACCUGUCUAAAGGACAAGCCACGCAGGAGUCCUACACUGCUACAGUAAAGUCAAGAAAUCUACUGGCCUAUGAUAACCAUGGCGGGCUUGAUGACGUGCACCCCUCUGGGCUGGGAGGGGAGUAUCCAGAAUGGGACACUAAGGUGAACAUCAUGACAACACGACGCUUGGACCAGAAACACAAACAGACAGAGUGGCAGGUGGCAGAGCUCCAACCACCUUUCAAUCAGAACAAUGGAACAAACACAGAACCUCUUCUCGUAGAUCUGCACACACACAGGUCAGUAGAGCAGCGGUCACAUGACAGCCCAAAAGUCAUUGAAUUAGAGAGGAUGGUGAAUGAGCCGUCAUGAGGCUGGCUGGUCCUCCUCAAGCCCACCUUCACCCCUGUGACAGUGGGUGCAUGCUCUUUCUAUAUUUAUAAACAUAUUUUGAGUAUUCUAUCAAUGUAGUUUUCUUUUUUCUCAUCUUUUUUAUCAAAAAAUAAAAAUAAAAAAAGUUUUAUUCCAGUUUUUAUUCCAUUCCACCAAUAUAUAUAUGGAAUUUUUAUACUAUAUUCUAUGCAUAUUUUGUUAUUCCCCUGCUGUUUUAUAUACUGUACAUAGCUGCAUCAGUGUAAACUGAAUUAGUUUUUUUUUUCCAAUGGUAUUUUUGUUCGAGUUAAUCAAAAAGCGCAAAAGUCAUGCUAAAAAUCCAGACGUGAAACUUUUUUUUUCUUCAAAAACUACCAUAUUAACUUAAUUUUGAGAAAUUGCUCUAAACUCCACUUCCCUUCAUCACAGAACCCAUACAUUGUUUUCUCUCUUCUAAUAUUACUCACCACCUCCCCAGCUCCUCUCAUUCCUGCUCCAACUGCUGUUCCCUUUUUGAAAAAUUCUGACACUCUGACAUUCCUCAUGAAUAUAGAUCUUCACUUAAGAACAUUUAUUCACUGCACACGCUCUCAAUACUUAUAAAUGCCUUUCUGUGAAAUACGGUUGCUGUGGUGUUAAAACUGGUGCUGUUUUGGGGCACUCGCCUGCUUAACUGCAUUUUAGGCUAUAAAGAAAGGUGCAAUUUUGUAAAUACUUUCUAAUAUACUUUACCUAAAAAAAGGAUGUAAUUACAAAUAACUAAUUUAGGGUGUAAUGACAUAAAUGAUGGCAAAUUUUAAAGCUGUUAAAGGAUAUUCUAAUUAGUCUCAAAUAGAUAUUUACAAACAAGAACUAAUUUGAACUGUGCCACCAAAGAAACACUGUUUAUUUUUUUUUAACCAUUGUAAUUGGAACAUCUUGAUGUGAUGUUUUUUUAAUAUAAAAUCCUGUAUACAAUAUGGAUUAUGCCAUCUAAAAAUUCAAUUAGGAUUUUUUCUGAUGCAUGUAUAAUUUUUAAAUGCCAGUUUCAGAUCUGACAGUUUUCUUCAAAUUAAUCAGUAUUUGUCAUAUUAAAAGCAUAAUUGAAAAACAAUCCUUAAUUUUUCGUCUUCAUGUUAUUGGUAUUAUCUUUUGUGUAUGAAUUCUUAAGUGGGGUCUUUUACACACAUACACAUCUUUUGUCUUUUGGUUUUUCAUUUUCGUAUUUUUAAUUUCAUUCCCUGUCCUAGUUCCUGGAAAAGUAUGUAAAUGAUUUAAUAUUUAUCUUAGUUAAAUUUGGCAUUAAACAACUAGAAUUGGCGCAAAUUAAAUUAGAAUGUAUAGUAUUUAGAUUUAUUGGCCAUUUCUGACAAAAAAUAUUUAAUAAUAGUAUAUAUAUAUAUUUUUUUUUUACCUUUAUUUAACCAGAGUUGUAACAAUGAGAUGAAUCUCUUUUACAAGUGAUCCCUGGCCAAGACAGCAGCACUGUGUCGGGCCUGAGCAACCGCGCCCCCUCUCCGGCACUCACUGAGAGGAGCACUAUGCCCACAUAAGGAUAUCCGCUCCUUCAGAGCACACACACACACGGCUGCUCAGCCCUGAUCACAGAUUGGCUUCAGCUGCGGAGAGCAGCUUAUAAGCACGCUGCUCUCCUCCACUCUUCGCCGAGCAAUGGUCACUAUCAUGGUCUGUGUAUCCCUGUGGUUCCAGUCUGUUAGCUGUCUUUACAAAGCGUUCUCCCUGACGAUCCUGUCUUCCCGUUUUCCCCCCGUUGCCUAAGUAUUUUCUGUUAUAUUUUCUUAUUUUGUUUAUUUGCCCCGUUUUAUUUUCUCAGUCUAGCAGUUUUCCCUAAGCUCUGCUUAGUAGUUUUUUGUUCUAAUUUGUUAGCCCAGUUGUCCCAUUUUCCCUGUUGUACCGCGCUACGCGCUGGUCUUAUUGUUUUGGCCACUUCCUGGUUUUAUUGUUUUGGCCACUUCCUGUUUUUAUUGUUUUGGCUGUUUUCCGAUUUCCCGUUUUUUUUUUAGCGUUUUCUUUACUUUGCCUAGUCCAAUUUUAUUUGUCAAUUUUGAGUUUGUUUCUAGUUUUUCCCGUACAGUUAUUGUUGCAUAUUCAUUGUGUUUUCAUUUGUUUUUCAUUUUGAGUUUUAUAUUUUUCCUGUGUUUCUAAAUAAACACUACUGCUUCGUAUUCCA